AUGAAUUCGAUGAUCACACUCUACUCCAGGGCUGCCAGCAGGAAAUUGGUACUCCACCCAAAUCCGGAUAGAAAUGGUGAAGAGAAGGGUCAUAUCUCUUUGUACCUGGCAAUUGAAGAUACAGAUGAGCUUUCACAUGGCUGGGAGGUUAACACGUACAUAAAAUUCUUUGUGUUUGAUCAAAUCAGAGACAAGUACUUGUGUAUCCAAGAUGCACAUGGGAGUGUAAGACGCUUUCAUAAGUUGAAGACUGAAUGGGGUUUCGCACAUCUACUUUCGCACGAUACUCUGAAGGAUCCUUCAAAUGGUUAUCUUGUUGAUGACACUUGCGUUUUUGGGGUUGAAGUCUUUGUUAUCAAAGGGACUUUCAAGGGGGAGUGUUUUUCAAUUAUAAAUGAACCUCAAUGCAUUUAUUUCACAUGGUGGAUUAGCAAACUUUCAGUUUCAGCCGGCCUGAAAGAUGAGGAAUUACUCUACUCCGAUCAGUUCGUUGUUGGGGGGCAUAAAUGGAUGCUGACGCUCGUCAAACACAUGACAAGCGAAGUAGGAGAGUUCAGAUCAACUUGUCUCUCUCUCAAGCUUGCUGGUUCAGAUACUCUUUUUUCUAGCAGAAGAAUGUUUGCAAAAUUCAAGCUGAGGAUCAUAAAGGGUGACAAAGGUGUGUCCUGGUUCCCUGAUCGCAGCACGUCAAAAAAUGGCACCCGACACUUUCUCUUUAAGCUGGGAUAUUGUAAUUGUUUGAUCCUGGAAUGCAAAAUUGAUCUCAUAUCUUCAACGAAGGAUUUUCUCCUCGGCUGA